GUCUCCAGCCUUGUUUUGGGCUUCCAUUUCCCCUCUUCUCGUUAUCAUCCAGUCCAGCAGAGCCCGCAUCGGUGAGGAGAUGAGCAGCCCCCGCAGCCGCCGCUCGUCGGCGGCGCCGCCGGAGGACGAAGACCUCCUCUCAGAGAUCCUCGUCCGCCUCCCCCCGCUGCCAUCCUCCCUCCCCCGCGCAUUCCUCGUCUGCGAGCGCUGGCGCGGCAUCGUAUCCGACGCCCGAUUUCUCCGCCGCUUCCGCCUCCACCACCGCCGCAACCCUCCGCUCCUCGGCUGCUUCGUCGAGGACAUCUCCCCCGUCCGUUUCGAGCCUACGCUAGAGGAUCGCGUGCCGCAAGCCCGCUUCCCCUUUCCCAUCACCGCCGUACACACCUACGUGAUCCUCGGAUGCCGCCAUGGCCUCAUGCUCAUCUUCCUCUGGCGGCGGAACCAGCUCCUGGUGUGGGAUCCCGUCACCGGUGACCGGCACCACCUAGACGUCCCCCCAGGGUUUGACAAUGAGGAGACCAGGAUCAAAGGAGGGGUGCUUCGUCCUGCCGGAGUUGCCCACCACUUCCAGGUUGUCUUGGUGGGCAACAGCGACAUACAACUUACACAGGCUGUGGCCUCGGUGUACUCGUCGGAGACCGCUCUAUGGAGUAAUCUCCUUUCGGCGCCGCUUCCGGCCGACGAUCCUGAUGUAGUCACCAGGGUUUACCAUGACAUGUGCUCCGUGAUGAUUGGGAAUUCCCUGUACUGGUUCCUUAUAGGGAAUUUCUGUGGAAUACUUGAAUUCAAUUUGGAUACGCAGAGCCUUAGUGUCAUACAUGCGCCAGUGGACGUCGAUGUCAACACUUGCUCCGUCACGGUUAUGCGGGCGGAGGGUGGUGGCCUUGGUUUCCUCUUCCUGUCGGACUACUGCGUCCAAGUAUGGAAGAGGAAGACGGACUGUGAUGGUGUAGCUUCAUGGGUGCUGGGAAGGACUGUUGCACUAGACAAGCUACUUUCCAUGAAUUCAGAGGAGGGGAGUCAGAGCCCGAGGAUACUCGGGUUUGCUGAGGACAACAAUGUGGUGUUACUGUGGACAUUUAUCGGCGUCUUCAAAGUCCAUUUUGAAUCAUUGCAGUCUAAAAAACUUCUCGAAUCCUACCGCUUUUACCGCUGGUUUCACUAUUAUCCAUUUGAAGCUGUCUAUACUGCAGGUACCAAGCAUUACAUUUCCAUUGUCUGGGAUGCAGAAAUGGACUAUUUGCUGUCGGUUCUUCCAUUCUGCAAUAUUCAAACUGGCAGGAAGAGAAAUGAACUUGCUUGA